GUCAUGAGCACCAUCGAAACUGGCGCAAAUGUACGACUAGAGAACCACCCAACCGCCAGAAGCAAAGCGGUAGCUGUUUCUCUACUCAAACCAGGUGCUCUAAUUGUCUCUGUUGAAUCAUUGGCGACAGUCCUCCUACCCGUUGAAAAAGGCAGAAGAUGUGACGCCUGCCAUACAAUACCUACGUCUCUACGAAGGUGCUCAGGAUGCGCGUCGUUCUACUAUUGUGAUGCUUCAUGCCAGUCAAUGCAUUGGAAGACGUUCCACAAACGGAUGUGCAAGCAUUUCAAUGGAUAUAUGGCUUCACCCUCUUUUCAAGCCCUUGCUGCUCACGAGAAGAUGGAUGCGCUUUUAUUGUCUCAUCUUGCUGCUCUUCUACCUUCUCACGAAGUCCGAGAAGAAGGCAAUUCCGCCUUGGCUGUAUUCAUGUCUUUACUACCGGGUCCCGUAGAGGUCACGAACCCGCCCAUAUGCCCAAGCGGAUCCUCACCACCUGAAACCCUGCGAUUUCUCUUCUCACGAUUCGGGAACAAUAAUUUUGCAAUGCAUUCCCACUUCAAUACCUUUGGCCACGGGAUUUUCCCUCCCGGUAGUCGAUUAUUCAACCAUUCUUGCAUGCCCAACGCUGCGGCGAAAUAUAUCAUAUCCCCAUCACAUCCACCAAAAAUGGAUGUCGUUGCCCUCAGAAAAAUUGACCCAGGAGAAGAAAUAUGUCUAACAUAUGUGGAUCCUGCACUUCUACAAUCACGGCAGCAAAUUUUCGAGUUGACCUACGGAUUUAAAUGCCGCUGUUCGUCAUGCGUUUUUGUCGAAAGACUCGGUCGCAUUCCCGAGCUACCCAGUAAUCCGGACGAUAUUACAAGGGUCGUUAGAAAAUUGCGAGAGUUUGUGCCUGCUUCAAGUCAUGAAAUUUUCAGCGGGACCAGACUACUCCCGGACGAGCUGCUCUGUGUCUUCCACGAAUCUUUCCUCUCCAAAAUCUCGGAAACAUUUAGCAAUGCUUCCCAUGAUGGCCCAUAUGACUUGGCCCUCGACGUCGGCGAGACUAUACUACAGAUCUAUCAACUCAUCUAUCCAGAAAACUAUCCUCAGAUCGGACUGCAUCUGUUGGAAAUGGCGAAAACUGGAUGGAAUCAGGCUGUCAAUAUAGGAUCAUCCAAUCUGGAGCUGCCGCGCAAAUAUCUCAAACAGGCACGCCAGAUACUUCUGAUUAUUGGUUCAGAAGGCGAUGAUGGUGGUCCCUUGGAGGAGAUCCAGACUCUCCAAGGUUUCUUGAAUACUCAAUAAGCACGAGCCAAGCAUCGGGGGCUUUGGAAGCAUAAUUAUAUAGGGUUUGUCACUUAGCGUAAUAAUAUUGCACGUGCACUUGAAUAGGCGAGAGAGGAACUGUCAUUCU